AACUUUCCAGAGCCAACCCCCCUCUCUCUCUCUCUCUCUCUCUAAGCUGAAGCAGCAGCAAGCGCCCGUCCAUGGCGGCCGCCGCCGUCUCCCGCUCUCUCGCCUCCUCCCUCGCUUCCUCUCUGCACAAGCACCUCUCGCACUUCUCUCGUCUACUAAGCUCGCCCCAUGUCAAUCUCCGCCCUUCCGCCGCCGUCGCCAGAGCAGCCGCGUUCCCACCUUUCGCCACCGCCGCCGCCGUCAGUCCCGGGCACCCGAGCUACGCUCCCUCGCGGCCGUUCUCCACCGGCUCCGACGACGCCCACAAGCCCCGCGCACCCAGAAACCCCAAAUUAGUCAACUUCUCGCUCUCCGACUCCGAGGACGAGGAAGCCCAGGGGGAGGGCGACGGCGGCGCGGCCGCUUCGGCCCCCGCAGACGAGGCGAAGCUCCCGCCGCCCUACGACCCGUUCAGCAAGAAGCCGGCGGUGGAGGAGCCCGAGGAUCCCAAGAACCUGCAGGAGGUCUUCCACAAGAUGCGGUCCGAGGGGCUGACCGACUAUGCGGUCAAGAUGUUCGACGCUUUGUCCAAGGACGGCCGCACCCACGAGGCCCUCGAGCUCUUCGGCCAGAUCAAGGACAAGGGCCACAUGCCUGAUGUCGUCGCCCACACCGCCGUCAUCGAGGCAUACUGCAAUGCAGGCGGACAGAGCAAAGAGGCGCUCAAGGUAUUCAUGCGGAUGCUGGCUUCUGGGGUUGCGCCCAAUGCCUACACCUAUGCAGUCCUCGUGAAGGGACUAGCAGACGAUGGGAGGCUGGCUGACGCGAAGAAGUACGUCAUAGAGAUGAUGAGCAAAGGGAUGAUGCCCCCUGCCGCGACCUAUGCCGCGGUGUUUGAGGCGUUUGCAAAGGACGGGAAAGAGGAAGAAGCGAGGGAGUUCCUCGAGGCGAUGAAAGGCAGAGGGUUUGUGCCUGAUGAGAAGGCUGUUAGGGAAGCGAUUGGCAGCAAAAGAGGUCCUGUUUUCAGGAGUGUCAUGAGCAUUCUCUUUGGGAAGUAGAGAGACUCUGCCUGUGUGCUAAUGAGAAUGAGAAAAAUUUUGACUUUCUGAGUUUGGGUUGGUGAUUCUUGCCUUCUUGGCAAUGUCGGAAUGUCACUUCUGCAAUGUGUCUUUGUCAUUGAUGGAUAAGGAAGAAGCCCCCAUUGAAGGCUUGCCUUUGAAGCUCUUGUUGGUCAAAAGGGUUUGUUGAGUGGCUUGCCUUAGACAAUUCA